AUGGCCGAUAGUCGUGGGUGGACAACGGAUGAGGAAGACUUGUUGAUCACAAUUCUUCAAGGCAUUGUCAUCAACGGGGGAAAAGGUGAGAAUGGAAGCUUUAGGUCGGGUAUAUAUGAGGCCAUUGUUUCAAAGAUGAGGGAAAAAAUUCCCAGUAUUAGCCUCACGUCGAAACAUGUACAAAACAAGAUUAAACGGCUAAAAGAUAAGUAUUCUGCCGCUUAUGAUAUGUUGAAUACAAAUGGAUUUGGAUGGAAUGACGCAAAUCAAUGCGUGACUGUAGAAGCUCCCGAGAUUUUGGAGGAGUAUCUAAAGAAACAUCCCAACAAAAAUUACACGGCGAAUAAGCCAUUCCCGGAUUACGAGCGAUUGAAGUUGGUGUUCGGGAAAGAUCGAGCAACGGGAAAUAUGGUUGAAUCAGCUACAGACGCACUAGAGAAUAUGAAUAUAGAAGACAACGAAGAUUUAGCAACUGAAUUUGGUGUUUCUCUCUUUCCAAGUCUUUCAGAUACAACUUCUCCUUCCUUCAUUCCUCCAAGUGAAAGAAAAGAAACAAGUAAAAAGAGAAAAAGGACAACCGAGUUAUCAAAGAUGGUGGAAGCAACCAAGAUUUCGAUUGAUGAAGCAAACCACCCAAAUGAAAAGGUUGGUUUCGGUCAUUUCGGAUUCUACACCCGAAAUGGGUGGCUUGAGAGAAGAGUUGAGACGACUUGGGAUUAG